GCGCGGCGCGGCGCGGCGCGGCACAGCUGUCAUGGCGGAGGCCGCCUGGAGCACUGACACCGGAGAGGCCGUGUAUCGCUCCCGGGACCCCGUGCGCAACCUCCGCCUCCGAGUCCACCUGCAAAGAAUCACAUCAAGCAACUACCUCCAUUACCAGCCUGCUGCCCAGCCCGGAAAGGACCUCAUAGACUUGGCCACUUUUAGGCCUCACCCAACCGCCAGUGGACACCGCCCAGAUGAAGAUGAAGAGGAGGAGGCUGUGAUUGGGUGGCAAGAGAAGCUCUUUAGCCAGUUUGAAGUAGAUCUGUAUCAAAAUGAAGCAGCCUGCCAGAGUCCUUUGGAUCAUCAGUACCGUCAAGAGAUUCUGAAGCUGGAGGAUUCGGAUGGCAGGAAGAACCGACGAAUCUUUACUUACACUGACUCUGACAGAUUCACCAACUUGGAGGAGCACUGUCAGAAAAUGACCACCGCAGCCAGCGAGAUGCCAUCCUUCUUGGUCGAGCGAAUGGCAAACGUCAGGCGGCGCCGGCAAGACAGGCGAGGGAUGGAGGGUGGCAUCCUUAAGUCCCGAAUCGUCACCUGGGAGCCCUCAGAAGAGUUUGUGAGGAACAACCAUGUCAUCAACACCCCUCUUCAGACGAUGUACAUCAUGGCAGACCUGGGGCCCUAUGGAAAGCUUGGCUAUAAGAAGUAUGAACACGUCCUCUGUACUCUGAAGGUGGAUAGCAAUGGUGUGAUCGCAGUAAAACCUGACUUCACUGGCCUCAAAGGACCCUACAGAAUCGAGACAGAGGGGGAGAAGCCGGAGCUGUGGAAGUAUACGAUUGACAACGUGUCGUCCCUCGCACAGCCUGAGGAGGAGGAGCGGGAGCAGCGUGUGUUCAAGGACCUGUAUGGCCGCCACAAGGAGUACCUCAGCAGCCUCGUGGGCACCGACUUUGAGACGACCGUCCCCGGUGCCCUGCGGCUCUUUGUAAAUGGAGAGGUAGUUUCAGCCCAAGGCUAUGAGUAUGACAAUCUCUACGUGCACUUCUUUGUGGAACUGCCAACUACUAAUUGGUCGAGCCCAGUGUUCCAGCAGCUCUCAGGAAUCACACAGACCUGUGCCACCAAGUCCCUGGGAAUGGAUAAGGUGGCUUACUUCUCCUACCCAUUCACAUUUGAGGCCUCCUUCCUCCACGAGGAUGAAUCUGCUGGUGCCCUCCCGGAGUGGCCCGUGCUCUACUGUGAGGUCCGCUCGCUCGACUUCUGGCAGAGGUAUCGCGUGGAAGGCUACGGGGCUGUGGUGCUGCCCGCCACCCCAGGUGCACACACCCUGAGAGUCUCCACGUGGAGGCCCCUGGAGCUCGGCACCGUGGCUGAGCUGAGGAGGUUUUUCAUUGGCGGCUCUCUGGAGCUGGAGGACCUUUCCUACGUGCGGAUACCAGGAACCUUCAAGGGGGAGCGUCUGAGCCGCUUUGGACUCCGCACAGAGACCACAGGCAUUGUCACCUUCCGCCUGCACUGUCUGCAGCAGUCCAGGGCCUUCAUGGAGUCAAGUUCCCUGCGGAAGAGGAUGCGGAGUGUGUUGGACCGUCUGGAGGGUUUCAGCCAGCAGAGUUCCAUUCACAAUGUGCUGGAGGCCUUCCGUCGAGCCCGGCGCCGCAUGCAGGAGGCCCGAGAAAGCCUUCCCCAGGACCUAGUGAGCCCCUCGGGAGCCAUGGUCCGCUAGCUCGCUGCAGCCCUGGCCUUCCACAGAACAACAAGAUGAGUGGUAGCCAAGGCCAUGCCCUCCCGCCUCUUCAUCUUUCUGAUUAGAGAUCGUGAUGCCCUGCUGAAAGCUGGCAUCACUGAGAGAAUCCCGGGCCUGCCCCCCUGCCUCGUCUCCAGCUGCCUCAUCUUCAAAGCUGUAGACCCCGGGGCCCCCAUGUGGUCCCCUUCUUCAUAUGUCAGACACUGCAAGUGGGCAUCACAAGGCAGGCUUUUUGGUUUGAGGGCAGUUUGGGGGUGGGCCCAGAGUUCAUUCUGUCCUCGACUCAGCCUCCUUCCGUCCUGUCUCACAGCCUCAGUGGCAGAGCUGCGGUGCCUUCCGCUCCACACCUGCUUUAUGAACGGAGGCUCGAGAAGGAAGGCAGGCGAGAGAGAUCUUACAGUCCCGGCCCGGAGUCCAGCUCCUCUUCCCAGGGUAGCCUCCCCCACUACCGGGAGCUAGCUACAUUUGCGAUAGAACUUAUUUCUGGAGUAAAUGAAGGCUGAAGGCAGUGCCCAGUCCUUUCUGCUAGCUGGCUGGUAUCUUUUAUUGUGUUUUUUUUACAUAAAGACUUUUUAUACUGA